AUGGCGACACUCGAAACCCAGCCCAGAUAUAUUUACAAGAUCGUCCCCUCCACGGCCCCAGUCCGCGAGCCACUUCCCGAUCGACUGCCAGUCAGCGAAUUGGAUCAGAACUCCGGAUUUGUCCACCUCUCAAUGGCAUCGCAGGUGCCUAAUACCCUGAAGUUCUUCUUUAGCGAGGAGCCACUCGUGUAUAUCCUACGCAUUAACUAUGCGGACGUGAUCCAGGAUAUUCGUUGGGAGUCGCCAGACGGAAAAGUGUGCGGUCCUCGGCCGGGGAGAGGGACUAUUCCCGGCAAGGAUGAAGUGGAGAGCAUCGCGAUUUGGCAGAAUGAUGGAGGAUGGGAUAAGGCCCUGGAUGGCGCAAAGCCUUGGCUCGUGUACUGA